AUGAAGUCUGGGAGCUCUGGCAGCUACCUACAGCUGGGACCUAAGCUCCCACCCACUGCCCUGGGAAAAGGCCGCCUUGGCCUUCUUCCGCAGUCAUGCUGGUUCGGAGGCACAUCGUCGCCGACCCACUUGGGCUCACUGGGGGGACGCCUGCGCUCCGGUCUUGUCGCCGUGCUCGGAGCUCGCUUCCAGGUGUUGGACGCACUCUUGACUCUCUCGGCUGUGCUGGCCGCUGUGGCUGCUGUGUGUGCCUUCCCAGCGCUGACGAGGAUGGGCUGGUUGGACCACGAGGUGCUGACCUUGAGCCUGUCGUUGGCAUGCCCACUGAUUACCAUCACGUCCUAUGUUGCACCGACUGGAAUGGUCCUGGAAGCAGUGAGGCGGAUGAAGGCCAGCCACCUGCCAAUGGUGGUGUUCAAGGCCCAGGCGGCCUGCAACAUCUUGAGCAUUGGCUACGGUUUGCAGAUUGCCAACGCAGCCGUUCUUAUGACCAACCUAUUUGGUCUGGCCUGCCAGAUUUUAUUCUUCGCAGGAGAGCACUACAUCAGGGCCGCGGACGCCCAAUGGCUUCCGUUUGCUGUUAAGACGUCCGUGAUCCUGAAUGGUGGGAUAGUCAUUGCAAGAAGUGCUCCCAUGAAUCUUCUGGGGCAGUUCAUUACAGUAUUUAAUAUCUUUCUGUAUUCGUGUCCGUUGAUGAACCUUGGUGCGGUCUUACGCACAAGAAACAGCAGUCCGUUUCCAUCCUUCAUGGUGGGCAUCAACGUCGUGAACAAUGCGCUGUGGAGCAUUUAUGCUUUGCUGAUCGAGGAUGUUGUGGUCCUGAUGCCAAGCAUCUUGGGCUAUGCUUGCUCCUUUUUCCAGGUGUUACUUAUUCUCUGGUGUCGCAACCGUCUACCGUUCGACCUGAGCUUCCUGCUCGCGAUCAUUCAGAAGGCCAAGCCGCGGGCCUCGGAAGUGGAGCCGAGCACCCCGGAGAGCGACGUCGCUCUGGCCGAAGCUUCCGAAGAGCAGGAUGGAAAUGAAGACUGGCUAUGA